AUGGAAAACUGGACUUCAGCUGCAGAUAUCCUGCUCUUAGAAGGGUUAAAGGUCAGCCCAGACGCCUCCGUUCCCGCCUUCAUCCUCCUCCUUCUCAUCUACAUCUUCAUCAUGGUUUCCAACAUCGCCUUAGUGGUCCUGAUCACACUGGAUAGGAGCCUCCACCAGCCCAUGUAUCUGCUUUUCUGUAACAUGAGCAUUAAUGAUGUGUUCGGGGCCACGACGAUCAUUCCACGCAUUCUGAAGGACAUUUUUAUUCCCAGUUCAGAUCGUUACAUCCACUACGUAGACUGUGCCAUUCAGGCUUUUUGUGUUCAAUUUCAUUCAGCUGUCUGUCACACCGUACUCAUGAUCAUGGCUUUUGAUCGCUAUGUGGCCAUCUGCAACCCGCUGCGAUAUGCCUCCAUCAUGACCAACUGGAUGGUGGUGAAGCUGUCUGUUUCAGCCUGGGGGGUGGUCUUCAUUAUGGCGCUGAUCCUGGUGGGCCUCAGCGUCCGCCUGUCACGCUGCAGGUGGAACAUAUUUAACCCAUACUGCGACAAUGCCUCCUUGUUUAAGCUGUCCUGUGAAAGCAUCCUCAUCAAUAACAUCUACGGCCUCGGGUACACCAUCGUCCUGCUGGGCUCCUCCCUCGGCAGCGUCACUAUCACCUACCUGAGGAUUGCCAUGGUGUGUCUGAGCAGCAAGAACAAGGUGCUGAACAAUCGGGCGCUCCAGACCUGUGCCAGCCACCUGGCUGUGUACAUCAUUAUGUUUGUGUCAGGCUCAGUCAUCAUCAUCCUCCAUCGCUUCCCUGACUUGUCAGACCACAGGAAGUUAUCUGCCAUCAUAUAUCAUGUGGUUCCUCCAGCAACAAAUGCCAUUAUCUAUGGGAUGCAGAUCAAAGUGGUCAGAGAAAAACUGUUUAUUAUCUUUAUGAGGAAUACACUGACUGUGGCAGAGGGGAAGUGA